ACAAAUACCUCUUAAUUGCAUCGCUUUUCAAACGUUUGAACCAGAAGAUAAUAAACCGUUUGUCUCAGAUCUCAGAAGAUGGCCCGUACCAAGCAAACCGCCCGUAAGUCGACUGGUGGGAAGGCUCCUAGGAAGCAACUUGCUACCAAGGCCGCCCGUAAAUCUGCCCCAACCACUGGUGGUGUGAAGAAGCCUCAUCGAUACCGUCCUGGAACUGUUGCUCUUCGUGAAAUUCGAAAGUACCAGAAGAGUACUGAGCUUCUUAUCAGGAAAUUGCCUUUCCAGAGGCUUGUUCGUGAAAUUGCCCAGGAUUUCAAGACUGAUUUGCGUUUCCAGAGCCAUGCCGUUCUUGCUCUUCAGGAAGCUGCAGAAGCAUACCUUGUGGGUCUCUUUGAAGACACCAACCUGUGUGCGAUCCACGCCAAGCGUGUUACUAUAAUGCCCAAGGACAUUCAGUUGGCUCGUAGGAUCAGGGGCGAGCGUGCUUAAUUUCCAAGUGUGUUAAUCACUCACUUAGAAUGGAGAAACUAUUGUUUGUUGUUAGGCAGAUGUGUUGUACUAUUUUUUUAUGUUUAUUUUUAAUCCUCUUUUAUUACUAGAUUGAAUGAUAGGUUUAUCUUAGUGCGUAGGUUCAAUGUUAUGAUGAAAUGGGGUUAUGGUGGAGAGUGUGAUGUCUGAUAUUUUAAUGGAUAAGAUCUCAUGUCUGGUAUAGUUUGUUUUAAUGUGCUUCCUAAUCAAAACUAGUGACUUCGAAUA